AAGACAUUCGGAAGAAAUUGUAGCCUUCCUAACAGAAAAUAAUCCAGGUAAAUGCUCAGCGAUCAGUGUUGAUGUUAAAGACCUUUUUUAUUCGCUUCCGCAAUCGGAACUACUGUGUAGUGUUAAAGAAGCACUGACGCUCUACAAUGAUGAGUUCCGGUUUACUCAGGACUGUGGGAUGCCCGUGGAAUCUUUUUUAGAACUUUUGUUCUUUUACUUAGGGAAUACCGUUGUAAAAUGGGGUAGUUCUAUGUAUGUACAAAAAUCGGGAGUUUGUAUUGGUUCUAAAGUUGCGCCAGUCUUGAGUGACAUUUAUCUAAGUCGCGUUAAUAGAAAACUACGAAACAAUCUUAAGGAAUUGGCGGUGCAUGCGUUUAGAUACGUAGACGACUAUCUGGUAUUUUGUUCUCGCGAUAACUACACUAAGAAAGCUACGGAUAUCUUAAAAGUUUUUAGGGAAUGUGGUGGGGGCCUAGGUUUCACGCUAGAGAUUAUCCAGGACAACAAUUUACAGUUUCUAGAUCUGUGCUUAACGUUUCAGGAUGAGCAUGUCUGUUGGCAUUAUUCGCCUAGGGCCAAGAAGCCAUUGCUAGAAUAUUCUUCUUGCCAUUCUAAACUUGUUAAACGGGGGAUAGCUUAUUCAACUCUUAGGUCUGCCAUUACUAAGUCAUGUCCGCACAAUAUGCAACAAAGUUUUUCACAGCAGAUAGAAAGGCUUAAAAAAGCUAGCUAUCCAGUGCAUCUAUUAUCACUAACCUGCGAAAAACUUGUAAAAUGGGUAAAAAGCCCCGGUAAAAAACAAGAAAAACAGAAAAAAGAAACAAAGUUUGCUGUAGUACCCUACAUACAUAGAUUAUCCCAUGGUUUAAGGAAUGUGGCAAAUAGGUAUGACGUCAGUACCGUUUUCUCGGCCCCACGCAAGUUGUCUAACAUGUGCCCUUUGAUAAAUAGGAGACUUGAACAGGAAGGCAAAAAAAGAAAAGAUGAUUGCGGAGUAAAACAUGUGUCCCCUUUAGUGCCUUGCAACACGGGUAUAGUUUACCAGAUUCCACUCGAGUGUGGGAAAGCUUACAUUGGACAGAGUGGCAGGUGCAUUAACAUCAGACUAAAAGAACACAAACAUUCACUAAACAAUCCCAAUGCGUCACAUUUAGCGGCACAUUGUUUCGAGUGUGGUUGCAAACCUUUCUUUGAAGACACAAAAAUUCUUUCUAAACACAGAUGCCAAACCACGCGGGAAAUUAUCGAGGCAUUCCACAUAAAAAGAUUAGGAGACACUUGCGUCAGUCAUGCUUCGUUGUCUCUGUUAGAUUGCGAAUUUCAGUACCUUCGCAAUACAUGUACUAAUCUGUAGUAAUUUUUGUUUCUUUGACUUCUAUACCUCCUGAUAUGUUAAACUGAUGCCUUUUACCUUGUCAUGUUCUUUUGCUACGGUUUUUGCAAUCACCUAUAUAUUUUCUUCGUUUCAAUAAAUAUUUA